AAGAAAUACAAUUUAGAGUAGUCAAUUCAGUAGCACAAGAAAAACUAUCCAGAAAAAGCACAAUAAAUACAAUAUCCUGCCAAUUGCCAUUAUUCAUCCACUCAUACAAACCCACAAAAUGGGUAGUUUAUCAAGAAUAAGCUGCCCAGUUUUUAUGAGAAAUUUUUCAUUCACUACAAUUUCUAAUCCAAAUCACUGCAUUCUGUUCCCCAAAUCCAUUUCAGUUCAUGACCCAUUUGUUUAUACACCACACAGAAACCUCACUGUUUCAGUCCUCAAAUCCCCUUCUUCUUCUGCUAGUGAACGUGUUGAGGAAGAUGUUUUACGAGAAUUUUUCCGGGAUAGACUGUUAAACGGAGAUUUUAUAACAAAAUACUCUGAUAUUAUUUUCCAGAAGGGAGUAAUGGGAUUCAUUGAUGAUGUUCCAGCUGAUCUCGAUGGAAUUUCAAAAUCAACCGAGGAGGCUUUGACUGGUGAGCCCGAUGAAGGGUUUCUAAAAUUGACAUCAACUCAAGAAUGGUUGAUGGGUGAAACUUCGGCACCAAUCAAUCGGAAACCAACCAACAAGGAAAUACAGGAUGAUAGAGAAAGAAGAAAGAGACUCAACUUCCUCAGAUACGACGCUCUAAAGAGAGAGCUAUUGUUCAUGACACUUGGAAUUGGAGCCGCCUGUACUGGAUAUUGCUUGCUGACCUUCUCAAUCCAGGCAGCUGUAAGCUAUGCUUCCGGAGUUGGAUUCAGUUGCUUGUAUUUGCAAUUGUUGUACCGGCAUGUGGAUAACAUUUCGCAGGAUUCAAUUCCACAGAUAUUCCGUCAAAAGAAAGUGAAGAAAAUUGGGAUACGAAGCGAGGAUCUACGUGACAGUCUAGAAAAAUCAGUUAAGGGUAGUGGGAUUGCUCUAUCAUCUCCAAGACUAGUAGUUCCGGCAGCAAUAUAUGGAUUUUGGGUUCUACUUCACAAGAACUUUGCUAGUGACCUUUUCGAUUUACAGAUCGUGCCUGCUAUGUUGGGAAUGUUCGCUUACAAAGCUGCUGCACUCGUACAAGUUUAUCGAGAUAACGAAGACUUGAAACUUAUCUUUCCCGACUCUGAUGACUGAAAUUUCAUGUUUUGGUUAGAGCAUUGAGCAUCUAUGCUGCUGUGGUCCAAAACUUCAGUGCUGGAACUUGGAGCAGGCGAUUUUAAUUGUUCGAUGAUCCGCCUGGCAUGUGCUCCAAGCACUAUGAAUGUAUUACCUAUGUAUGAAUGUUACUUUGUAUCAUAGAAUUUGAUAGGAGGCUCAUUUAGUACAGAGAUUCACCAGUUGAACCUUUUAGUACAUCAAAAAACCACAAUUUUGUAUUCAUUGUUUAGAGAAUUUGAUAGAAAGAGGUGGUUUUGAGAUGUAAUUUGGCACUAGAGUACGGUAUAAGGUAUUGUUUCAAUUGGAGCAAAAACUAUUUUACCCGGAUAAAGCUUUGAGUUUGAUUCUCA